ACAUAAAAAAUACAGUGAACGUUGCCGUAAAUAAUUACGUAAAUGCUGUAAACACUAUGAAGGAGUUGUUGCCGAAGGAGAAGGGUGCGAUAAUGGAAGGAGUGCAGGAUGGAAAGAACGGUAGUGGAGUGGAGGGGAGUUUAGCAACAAAGUUACAGGAAGCUGUGACGGAUGGAGUGGAGGGUAUGAAGGAGUCAUUGGAGUACUACAACGGAACUACAGUUAGUGAACUAAACAAGAAGAUGGUAAAAGUGAUGGAGAGAAGUAAGAAUGUAUCUGUGGCAGUGCAAGAUCAGUUAUGUGUGAGCAAGGAGGAAGGUACUGCUGUGAAUGUACAAAUAGUGCUUAUUCUUGGAGGUGUUGUGAUAGGAGUCAUCAUGUCUAUAAUAGUAUAUUUUUGCAUGAAGUACGUAAGGAGAAGGAGGAGAAAUGUGGGACCCGAAGCUGUAUGGAGGAAGGAACAGGGUUGUCUGAGAAGUUGCGGGGCAGAUAUGAAAGGAAUUUGGGAGGAGCUUGCGGUUACAAGGGCUAACUGCUGUAAGAAGGUGGAGGAGUGUCCAGAAACAUUUUACGAAGUACCUGACGGAGUGGCGAGGAUUUAUGAUGAGGUGGAUGAGGAGGAGGUACAAGACGGAUGUGCGAAGGAUUCAAGGAGCCAAAAAGAUAGUACUACGAAAGGUGAUGUGAUGGAGCAUUUGCAGGAUGGAGCAUGGAGUUUGAAACAAGCUAAGAACGAGAGUGUAAAGGACGGAUUGAAGAAUGUAGAGACCAGGAAGGAUACCGUAAAUAAGAUGAAAACUGGCCUGUACAAUUGGAAUUAUGUGGAAAGGAUGGAUAGAGAUAAGAUUGUGGGAGAAGAGAGCAUAACUAACGUCAAGGAUGGAGACAUUGAAGUAUGUAAAAGCAUCAAGGACGGAGAGAGUGAUGUAUGUAAACCCGUCAAGGAAGGAGAGAAGAAGGAUGAUAAAGUCCUAGCUCCAUUAAAUGAUGCAUGGAGUCCAGAGAAGUGUAAGGAGGUACGUGUGGAAGUAACUCCUACUUUACUGCCAAGAAGAAUUUCAUUUUCCGGUAAUAGGGUGUCAAAUGAAGGAGUGGGAACCCGGAUUUAUGUAAAUGGAGAAGAUGCGUUAAAUCUUGAAUGUGAGAAGGAGAAGGAUAGUGAUGUUGGUGGGUCUAAAGAGAAUAUUGGAGAUACUGCAGAUAACGUGACGAUUGUAGAGAUUGAAGAAGAUAUAAAGCUGAAUGAACGGAACGAUAUAGAUCCAGACUUAGUUUUUCAAGAGAUGAAAACUUUAGAUGUUAGUGGAGCUAUAGCGUAUGUAGAAAGGAUUCAGGGGAACGGAGAUAAGAAACUGGAGAGAGUACUGAAAAGGUUGGAGCAAGAUGUGAGGAAGGAGAAGGAAGAAGCUGGGAUAUUAUCUAAGCGUAUACUGGAUCUAAGUGAGAAGGAUGGGAACCUGAGAAGGAGUGCUCGUAUACAAUCAAGGCAUGAGAAAAAAAGUUAGAAUGCUAAACCGGAGACAAGAAGUUAUAAAUCCAUUCAAAAAAAAUCUUGUUUAUAUUUCAAACUUCUUGUAAAAUGUACCAGACUUGAGAUCGUUGUUUUGAAUUUUUUGUUUUCGUUUACAUUAUGAAAAAAAUAAGAAAAUGUAAAUAAAUGUAUAGUGUUGUGAUUUGUGCAUUUGUCUUUAAUGCGUAUGUAUUUAUAGACGAGUGAAAACUGGACGUACAGAAUUUAAAGUGUGUUUAUUUUAAACUGUAGGAUUCAUAUUUAAACAAAUUUGCUAUGGAUUAAGAAAAUAUUUGUUAAAUUUAAAAAGUUUAUAGGGACAGGUGAUAAUGUUUACAAGCGGGUAUCUAUAUAUUUACUUACAUUUUUGGAAAUGCGUGAUUUGUUUUUCAAUUUAUUUUGCGAACAAGUCACAAAUCUUAGAAACGAACAUACAACGUAGCAAAGUAAUAUAAUACAUGGUUUUUAAAAAAAAUGCAAUUUAAACAUUCAUAAUAAUUAAUUAUCAAUUUAUUACGUUACAAGAGACACGAUACAGUAACAAACAUAAAAGAUUGCAAUGUUACGUAGCACAUGGUUCAACUUAAAAUUAGGCGUAAUAUUAAUAUUGAUUGUGAAUUUUAUUUUAAUUUUUGUUUUUAGUUUGUUUUUAUACAAAAAAAAUUUAUACAAAAAGGUCAUAAUACAAUGAGUUGCAAAAU